AUGUGCGAGCGGGCGGCGCGCCUGUGCAGGGCCGGCGCGCACAGGCUGCUCCGGGAGCCGCCGCCGCAGGGCCGGGCGCUGGGCGGGCUGCUGCGCUGGGUGGGCGCCAGGAUGGGCGAGCCCCGGGCGCCGCUGGCCCCCGACGCCCACGACGCCCCAGCUGCGGACCCCGGCCCCGGCCCCGGGCCCGGCUCGCCGCGCGGGGGCACCGCCGUCAUCCUGGACAUUUUCCGCCGGGCCGACAAAAACGACGAUGGGAAGUUGUCCUUGGAGGAGUUCCAGCUCUUCUUCGCAGAUGGCGUCCUCAACGAGAAAGAACUAGAGGAUCUCUUCCACACGAUCGACUCCGACAACACCAACCACGUGGACACCAAGGAGCUGUGCGAUUACUUUGUGGACCACAUGGGGGAUUAUGAGGACGUCUUGGCCUCCUUGGAGACCUUGAAUCACUCUGUCCUGAAGGCCAUGGGCUACACCAAGAAGCCCCUCACCAGCAUCGUCUUCACCGUCACCUCCGUCAUCAUCACCACCAUCCUCUUCAGCCUCUCCAUCACCACCUCUGUCGUCAUUGUCACUGCCAUCACCAUCACCAUCACGUGA